GGAGACUACAUAUGUUUUUUCUUUGUGUUUUAAACUCAGUAUUCUACUAUUCUCUACUCAUCAUUUUACUGGAAAAGUGGGGUAAAGAUGCUGUACUUGAUACUGCUGGGUCUUGCAGGCUGUGUGCGAGGGGAUACCCCGGCCAACUGCUCCUACGAGGAUAUAUCCGGUUCCUGGACAUUCUAUGAGAGUGAGAGAAGUGGAACUAAAGAUAUAGAUUGCUCUUCUAGAUUCAGUAUAGUUGAGAAGACAAGAGUAGAUCUGAUGUAUCCCAACUCUGCAGUUGAUCAGUUUGGAAAUAUUGGAACCUGGACAAUGGUUUACAAUCAGGGGUUUGAAGUAACAGUUAAUGGCAGAACCUUCUUUGGAUUCAGCGACUAUGAAAUUCUCCCAAACAAAGGUGGUGUGUUAAGUUACUGUAACCAAACCAAACCGGGUUGGUCCCAUGACGUCACAGUACGAAAUUGGGCAUGUUUUACAGCCAAGAAGCUGAACAGGAAUGGGGUUGAGUUUGUUCCAAAAUAUCAAAUAAAGAGUGAGAAUUAUGGGAAUAAGGGGGAAGAAUUAUAUGAACAAGAAAACUGGAAAGUUGAUUUGAUAAAUAGUCGCCAGGAAUCAUGGGUUGCAGCUUCAUACACACAGUUCGAGGGGUUGAAGAACAAAGACAUAGAACGGAUGAAGGGAGGUGAACUUUCAAAACUUGGAAACAAACCUUCUCCUGCUCCCACCAAACCAUCUUCUACUCCAAUCAACCCUAAGCUCAAACUUCUCAGAUCUACAAAACAAGAAUAUCUACCAGAAUCCUGGGAUUGGAGAAACGUAGACGGAGUAAACUAUGUUUCUGAGGUGAGGAACCAGGGUUCCUGUGGGUCCUGUUAUGCGUUCUCAAGUAUGGGAAUGCUGGAAUCUAGGUUGAGAAUUCUAACCAAGAACACCAGAAACUAUACCUUCUCACCUCAGGUAUACUUCUACACUGUAGAGUAUCUUAUUCCGUAUAUAUAUUGGCACUGUAGUUUCUUAUCCUAGGUAUCCUUGAACAGU